CUUCCGUUCACACCUCCCGGGUCUAGCGCGGAGGAGGCGGCCGGGCGCGCGCGGGGACCUAUUGGCGGGCGCCGUGCGGGUCGGAGCCACGCCCCCUGGAGUGCGUCGGGAGCCGGGCGCGGGAGACCGAGCGGGAGGAUGGAGGUUUGGACUCCAUGACGGCUCAAGGCUGUUUCAUGUGCUGCAUCUCUACCAGAUAAACUUCCUACCUGCCCUGUGCUUCUAGACACACUCACUUGCAGAAGUUCAGCCCCACUGGUCAUACCUCAGUGCCACAGCCAGCCAGGGGCAAACCCAUGAGCAUCUGGAGGGCCAUCAUGAAGAAGCCACGAACAGCUGUGAGGAGUUGUCAGAGGAAGCGGGCACCUUGCCAGGAGGGAAGGGAGAAGCGUGUCCUCAGCGGCCGCCAGGUCAAGCCUUCUACCCCCAAUGGCUUGGCCGGGCGGCAGGAGGAGGUGUUGUUGCAGGCCUCUCUCUCCCCGUACCAUCUCUUCAGAGACCCAGCUGACGUCAGAGUCUUUCGGGAGAACCUACUGAGCUGGUACGACCGAGAGAAGCGGGACCUACCCUGGAGAAGGCGGGCAGAGGGUGAGGUGGAUCUGGACAGGCGGGCAUACGCUGUGUGGGUCUCAGAGGUCAUGCUGCAGCAGACCCAGGUUGCCACGGUGAUCGACUAUUACACCCGAUGGAUGCAGAAGUGGCCAACGCUACAGGACCUGGCCAGUGCUUCCCUGGAGGAGGUGAACCAGCUCUGGGCGGGCCUGGGCUACUACUCUCGAGGCCGGCGGCUGCAGGAGGGAGCCCGGAAGGUGGUAGAGGAGCUAGGGGGCCACAUGCCACGGACAGCAGAGACCCUGCAGCAGCUCCUGCCUGGCGUGGGGCGGUACACAGCUGGAGCCAUUGCUUCCAUUGCCUUCGGACAGGCAACCGGUGUGGUAGACGGGAAUGUAGUGCGGGUGUUGUGCCGAGUCCGAGCCAUUGGUGCGGAUCCCAGGAGUGCCCUCGUCUCCCAGCUUCUCUGGAGCUUAGCCCAGCAGCUGGUGGACCCGGCGCGGCCCGGGGACUGGAACCAAGCGGCCAUGGAGCUGGGGGCCACAGUGUGCACCCCGCAGCACCCGCGCUGCAGCCGGUGCCCUGUGCAGAGCCUGUGCCGGGCACAGCAGAGGGUGGAGCGGGAACAGCUCUUGGGCUCGCGGGGCCCACCGGGCAGCCCCGACGUGGAGGAGUGUGCUCCCCGCGCUGGGCCCUGCAGGCUGUGCGCGCCUCCCACGGAGCCCUGGGACCCGACCCGGGGAGUGACCAACUUCCCCAGAAAGGCCGGCCGCAGGCCCCCCAGGGAGGAGUGCUCUGCCACCUGUGUUCUGGAGCAGCCCGGGGCCCUCGGGGGUCCUCGGGUCCUGCUGGUGCAGAGGCCCAGUUCAGGGCUGCUGGCAGGACUGUGGCAGUUCCCAGCUGUGACCGCAGAGCCCUCGGGGCCACGGCAGCGGGAGGCCCUGCUGCGGGAGCUGCAGAGCUGGGCUGGGCCCCUCCCAGCGCCCCGCCUCCGGCACCUCGGGCAGGUGUGUGAGCCUCGGGCGGGGCAGGGGUGUGGCUUUUGUGGGCACAUCCCUGGGCCUGUUUCAGCCCCUUGGCCCUCCCUCCAGGUGGUCCACACUUUCUCUCACAUCAAGCUGACCUAUCAAGUAUACGGUCUGGCCCUGGAAGGGCAGACCCCGGUGACCGUCGCGCCGCCUGGCGCUCGCUGGCUGACCCGCGAGGAGUUUCACACUGCAGCUGUCUCCACUGCUAUGAAAAAGGUGUUCCGUGUGUACGAGGGCCAACAGCCAGGGACCCGCAAGGGUCCCAAAAGAUGCCCGGUGUCCACUCCAUCCAGCCGGAAAAAGCCCAGCCCGGGCCAGCAACUCCUGGAUAGUUUCUUUCGGCCUCCGGAUGCAUCCAGCCUCAAGAGUACUGCCCAGUGACACCUCUGGAAGCCCCCACUUCCUGAGAAUCCAGUUUUUUAAUAAAGUGCUUAUUUUUAUAGUCA